CUUGGUUUAGGUUUGUGCGAUUGCUUUUGAUUCGUCUGGUUUCUUUGUGUUCUGCGAUGCGGCUUGGUUCCUGAGGGUUGACUGGGUGGGCGCAAAUGCGUGUGUUGGCCGUCGCUCCGAUCGAUUCUGUAGCAAUUCUUUGUUUACGAAGAGUAAAAUUUUACGAAGAAAGCUCAUGGUGUUUCGAUGUCAAGUCAUUGCGUCCCGCGGUUUCUUCAAAUUUUCCGCCUCCAUUUCGGCUUGUAUCCCUCUCAAGGCUGAUGGCAUAUGCAAAAGUCUCUGGUUAUGUUUAUGUAACUUGAACAAUGAUCCUGCUUGGUGUAAUACGCGUUAAAAAUAUGAUUUGGUCUUUCUUCAGUUCUCCCGGUUAGCGAUUACUUUUCAAGUUCGAUAUAUUACCACGGUCCAGGUACUGCUUUUUAGAUUAAUAAUGCCGUUGGUCCACUUGUUUCCGUGUUUUUUUAACGUAAAUUUCCGUGGGGGGUUUUGGUUGGCAUCUCGCGCUUUUACUCAUCAGUCCUUGCAGCCUCGAGCUGGAAAGACUAAUUGUGGAGCAGUGUUUUUUUAAGACAGCCUGGCUAGGAAAAUUUUGCUUCUGUUUAAAGAUCGGUUAGUUAGAUGAAGUAGCAGAAAAGAUGGCUCUAGUAUAGGCAGGGAUCGGUUCAGAUUUAAACCAAAGGCUAAAGAUUUGGAUCCAAACAACCCCUCAGACUGAUUUCUUGCUCUCUUUUUUUGGCCUAGUAGUUGAGUCCAUUUCGAAAAAAAAAUAGUUGAGUGAGCAAAUCUCCUCUUUGCUUGGAAAGUAGCUCAAGGUACUGUGAGAUGAAUAGUUCCUGAUUUGGAGAUCUUUUCAGUUGCGGCCUUGUAGAUUGAUAAGUAUUCUCUUGUAUUCGGAUUUUGUACUGUGUCAAGUAUGAUAGAGACAGCUCAAUUUUGAAAUGGUUACCGAUGUGCCUUCUCGUAUGCUAGUUUUAGACAUGGACAGUUGAAUUCUUAUUUGGUGUCCUGUCACAUUCUGUCUGCUCUAUUGCUUUCAUCCAGACGCUCGCCAAGAUCUUUAUGCUCAUCCCCUCCACCUUCUCCUACUCUUCAUAUAGAAAUUCUGUAAUAUGAUUGGUGACGGGCACUUUAUUGGCUAUAAGCAAACUGGUCAUGAUGACCUUGUUUCCUUUCGAAUUCAGGCCACCUACUCAUCAUGGAAUUUGAAUGCACUCUUUAAGGAUUGCUGAUUGAGCAGAACGACUGCAGGAACCUGCUUUUAGGAGCCUAAAAUUAUCGAAUUCAAAAGGAAGAACAUUCAUCUGGCACCAGCACCCUCUCAGCUUCUGGAAGACCUUAAUGUCCAAAGCUUUGGAAAAGAGUUCACCUGAUGGCACCACACCUAUAAGUUCAGCUUCACCUCCAGAGUCAAAAAAGCAUGAGAAGACCGCGCCAAAUUAUCUCAGAGCUUCUAGAGGCUCAUGCCAUGAUUUUUGCAAGUAUGGACACAAAAAUCCUUCUGAAGAGGAGCCGAAUUUAUCAGGAAGAGGAAGAAAGAAACUCCCUGCUCAUCUGAAAAAUUUGUCGUUGCACAGAUCAGCUAUCUUGGAUAGGUCCAAGGAUGUCAGGAACAUGAGUCUUUCACUAGCCAAGUCGAGUAUAUCUCUGGGUGAAGCUGUACGGGCUGCACCCAGAAUAGCAUCAGCAAACCGAAAAGGUGUUGCAUCCAAUGAACAUAUGGUCCUGCUGACAGAUACAGCAGCUAAAAAUAAAACUUUGAGCUCUGAUGGAAGAAAGAAGUAUUCAACUGUUGCACAGAAGGUCCCAACAAAUUUGAGGUACUCAAAUGGAGUUAAACAAAUUGAUAAAAGGGACACAGUGCCAGCCAAGGGGGCCAUAUUUCCUGCGAAGUCAAAGUUUGCAGAGAAGGCCUCACUUGAGAAAUCUAUUACUGUGGGCAAAGACACAACAGUUAAUCAAUCAAGGCAUCAGAGGCCAGCCUCAUCUCCCAGUAAACUUAACAUGAUUAAACAAGUGCCUGCUCUAUCUCAGGCUUCUAGUCAAUAUGUACUUUCAAAAGAUAAAAGUACUCCGAAGGGAAAGGCAUCUCCAGCAGCAACUAUUACUAGAGUGCGUGCAAAACCCAGACAAAGUGCUACAAGAUCAAGCGAUGUGAUUAUAAAAGGGAAGCAAGCCAUAAAUAUGUCCGGGUCAUCCUUAUCUGUGGAACCCAAGCUAAUUUCUUCUGUUGAAAAACAAAAGGAUGAUAUGGAAAUGAAUUCUAUUGAGUCAACAGUAGCAGAACUGUCUCCAAAUGCCACAGAAAAUGGAUACAAUUCUCGACCAGCACCAGAAGAAACAAGUGAAUCCAUUUCGGUGGAUGAUGGGGUAGGAAGCACUGAAAAAAGUGAAUCAAUAGCAGGCGAAGCCCUCCUGGAAAGUGUCAUCUCUCAUGAGCUGCAGAAAUCAUUACAUGGCCAGGAAUUCAAUGCUAUGCUAGGUGAAUCUGAUCUAGAACAUAAAUUAGCAGAACAGAAUAUCAUUCGUGUUCAAGCUUCAAAGGAUGAAGAUAGCCAAGCUGAUGAUGCAGCUCUUUGUCAACUAUCAGAACAUAUAACAGUUGUUGAAAAUGCAAAUGUGUAUGACUCUGUAUUAAUUGAAAGUAAUUCAAAAAUUGAGGAUGAUCAAGUUGAAGUUAAUGCACCUGUGGAGUCUCUAAUCUCUGAAGGUAAGGACCAAGUGGCAGUAAGCGAAGAUUUCGCAACAUCCCCAGAACUACUGGCGGUUGAUGAAAAACAUGCUGAGGAGCCUGAUUCUUGUCUUGGAUUUGCUUUUGGAAAUGCAGUAGAGAAUGCUACGGCUGAUGAAGUUUUUGAUGCUAGGAUGAAUAACAAUACUUCUCAAUGCCAAUCAAUUUCAGAAACUUCAUCAGAUGGUGGACUUCUGGAGGAGCCUAAGUCCAUGCUAAUUGAACCAAGUGAUUCUGCUGUUGAUGAGAUAGCAAGUGUCAGUAAUGAAAAUACCUUUGAACGGGAUGGACUGAAAUCAGAGGUUUUUAUUUCACAGUCACCAGAAGAACUAUCAAAUGAUGAAUUUUUUGAAGAAUAUGAUUUUGAAUCAAGUGAAUCAGAUGAAUCUUGUACAGAAGAUGAAGAGGCAACAAUCAACAGAGAUAGGGGUGAAUCAUUAAAAUCUGGUGACCCAAGGCGAAGAAGAAUCUCCACUGGUGAACUGGAUGAUACUAGUCUCACACCUUAUAAAAUGAAGUUUAAGAGGGGCAAAAUUGUAGAACUCCCACCACACAGCAGUGGCCCAAGGAGAUUGAAAUUUAGAAGAAAGUCUGCAAAUGAAGUUUCGAAUCAUGAAACCCAGCCAAUAAGAAGGAUUUACAAGAGGAAUAGCACAAGUAAUGUUGUUCCUACUAACCCAGAUAUUGAAUCUUCUGGUGUGAAACUGCGGCAUCAAGAUGCACAAGAGAAGAAAGAUGCACAAGGAUUGUUCAAUAAUGUAAUCGAAGAGACUGCAAGUAAGCUAGUGGAAUCCAGGAAAAGCAAGGUAAAGGCUUUAGUUGGUGCUUUUGAAACAGUGAUUUCUCUUCAGGAUGGCAAACCCACACCAUCGACACAACAAGCUGGUAGCUCCCAAGAUUUAUUUCCUGAUGAUGAGGGUAAUGCACCUGAGGAAGCUUAAUAGAAUAUGUAUGUUUGUCGAAGAUUGCCAUGUUUGCAUUCGACUUUCGGGCUCCUUUCUUUUAUGGGCUCUAGAAUUGAGCAUGAUAGAGAGGAUUAUGUAUUAGUUUGUACAGCAGAUUUAUCUUGUAGAACAAAAGUUGCUAAAAAGGGUUUGCAGAUAGUAUAUAGUUAUCUGGUUCCAUGGAAUGAGUGCCUUUAAGUUUACUUAAUUGUAAAUCAAUCAAUACACUGUAAAACCAAGUGUGCUUUUGUUUGGCUUGGAUUUCCUAAAUGCUAUUAGAAGAGUUGAUUUUAUUUGCUGCA